GAGACAGAAGCAAUUGUCAUUGCUUACUUUUUUCUAUUUUGUGUCUCCAACAUCUAUCCUCUAAGCCAUCCACCCACCAACCACCCUAGACAUCCACUAAAUAUAUACGCCAGAUGGCAACGUCGACUUCGUCAAACCCAGUACACCAGCCGCCACAACACAAAGUGUUUUUAAAUUUCCGGGGAGCUGAUCUACGCCUUAAUUUCAUAAGCCAUCUAGUAGGUGCCCUUCAAAUGGAAGGAAUCAACUAUUUCAUAGACGAAGAUGAGAUGAGGGGAGAAAAGCUAGAGAAACUCUUCAAGACGAUUGAGGAGUCGAGCAUCGCGAUUGUUGUUAUUUCAAGUAAGUACACGGAGUCAGAAUGGUGCUUGAACGAGCUGGCGAAGAUUAAAGAGUGUGUGGAGGAAGAGAGAAUGAGGGUAUUCCCGGUGUUCUACAAAGUGACAGUCGCUAGCGUGAAGGACAAAAAAGGAAACUUUAGGGAUUAUUUGACAAAACUUAGUUCUGAUAGAAAAGAAACAUGGGAGAACGCUCUCGACUUUGUGACCUCGAGGUUAGGCCAGACAGUGGACGAAAAGAGUUGCGAGGGAACUGCGAUUAAAGCAAUCGUAAAGGCAGUAAUGAGACUGCUAGAUGACAUUUCAACAAAGCGAGCAGAUGGUCGAGGAGGGACACAGAAGAAAUUGCUGACAGAAAAAGGAGCAGAAGACAGGACUUGUUCAGACACAUCUUCUUUGUAUGGAAUGGAGACACGCACAAAGCAAUUGGAAGAUAAGUUAGAACUUCAACCGAAAGUCACUCGCAUUGUUGGUGUUGUUGGGAUGCCAGGUAUAGGUAAGACCACUCUUGCCAAGAAAGUUUUAGAGAAGCAGAGACAGAGAUGCAAAUUCAUGUACACGGUGUAUCUGGGUGAGAUCUGCAAGAAAUCAAAGUUGCUUCCCCUCAACAGACUGCAUGAAGACCUCCUCCUUGAAUUAUAUAAUUGGAAAAACAAUGGGAAUGAGAAACAACAGAUGAAUUCCAAUUUCUCACUAGACAAAUUUAAGGCUGGCUUAAGCAAGAAAAAAAUAUUUGUUGUUCUUGACGAUGUGAGUGACAAGAAGCAGUUAGAUGCGAUUCUUGAGAAUAGGGAGUGGAUAUGCGAAGGAAGCAAAAUUGUCAUUAUAACAAGGAGCGAAUCCGCUGUAAAGGGAAUAGUCAAUGAUACUUUUUUCGUCCCGGGGCUGAGCCACAUUGAUGCGUUAAAGCUCUUCAACUACCACGCAUUUUCUAGUGCAGACUAUUGCGGCGACCCAGGUCUUAGGAAGCUUGCAGAAGAGUUUGUGGAUUACACACGAGGACAUCCAUUAGCUCUCAAGGUACUUGGGGGUGAGCUUCAUCUGAAGGAUAAGGCAUACUGGGAAUCAAAGCGAGCAAUGUUGACUCAAGGCCUGAGCAACAUAAUUCAAGAUGGCUUGAGAGUACCUUAUGACGACCUUAGCGAGCACCACAAGAACGUGUUCCUCGACAUCGCCUGUUUCUUUAGGUUCGGUGAUGAGAAUCAUGUGAAGAGUUUGUUGGAUUCUUCGCUACAUGAUGAUGAUAUUAAAGUUCUCGCAGAUAAGUUCUUGAUCAACAUUUGUGCUGGUCGACUGGAGAUGAAUGAUAUGUUUUAUACUUUAGCGAUGGGACUCCUUUCACAAGCAUCCGCUGAAAACACAAAAAGCGGUUGUAGGCUCUUCAACCAUGGGGAUAUUGUUGGUGUCCUAAAUACCAAAGCGCAAGCAACCAAGGUCAGAGGAAUAUUCUUCGAUGUGUCUCAAGUCACGAAGAACGUGAUGUUAGAUAGUGACACAUUUGCAAGCAUGGGUGAUCUCAGAUACUUGAAAUUCUACAAUUCUCGUUGCCCUAAAGUAUGUGAAUCUGAAUGCACAGUCAACUUCCCUGACGGAGUUGAGUUCACAUUGCAAGAGAUUCGGUAUCUCCACUGGCUGAAAUUUCCAUCCGAGAAGUUUCCACAAGAAUUUGACCCCAGGAAUCUUAUAGACCUCAAGCUGCCAUACAGCAAGAUGGAGCAGAUUUGGGACGGAGACAAGGAUGCAUCAAAACUAAAGUGGUUGGAUAUGAAUAACUCGUGUAAGCUGCGCACAUUGACUGGUUUAUCGCAGGCUCGAAACCUUCAAACUUUAAACCUUGAAGGCUGCACAGAACUGAAGGCGGUUCACGAAGAGGUUCAGAACAUGGAUAGUCUCGUAUUCCUGAACCUGAGAGGAUGCACGAGUCUCGAGUCUCUUCCAGAGAUGAACUUAAUCGCUCUGAAAACUCUUAUCCUUAGCGGCUGCUCAAGGUUUGAGGAGUUCCAUAUUGUUGGAAAGAAUCUGGAAGAACUCUACCUAGAUGGUACAGUGAUAAAAGGACUUCCUUCAACGAUAGGGGACCUCCAAAGUCUAGUCUUGCUGAAACUGAAUGACUGCGUACACCUUUCAAGCCUCCCCGAUACAGUCGGAAACCUAAAAGCACUUGAAAAGCUGAUACUUUCUGGUUGUUCAAAGCUUGAGACAUUACCAAAGUUUCAAACAGCGUUGAAGACUUUACUAUUCGACCGAACAGGCAUAUAUUUCCCCCAGCAACUGCCAUGUGGAAGCUUCUUGUUAUCAUCUGUGCGACAUUUAUGCCUGAGUAGAAACAUUUUCAAAAGCUUGCCGAGCGAAAUCAGUUUGCUAUAUCAUCUCAAGUGGCUUAACUUGAAGUAUUGCAAAGAACUUAGUUCUGUACCAGUGCUUCCACCAAAUCUUGAAUUGUUAGAUGCACACGGUUGCAUUUCACUUGAAAAGGUGGCGGACCCAUCGCCUCUUUGGUUAGGGGAAACUAAGCAUAUACAUUCCACGUUUAACUUCAGUAACUGUAACAAACUUGAUCAAGUUGCAGAGAAUAGUAUUGAAACCUACGUUCGGAGGAAAAUUCAGUUGAUGUCAAAUGCAGUGGCCCGAUACGACGAGGGCUUUUUUCUCGAUGUUUCGAUCAGAAUCUGCUAUCCUGGUUGGCAGUUACCUGUAUGGUUCAGUCACCGAAUGGUUGGGUCAGUUUUGAAGGCAGAGUUGCCAAGGCACUGGAGUGAUGGUGGGAUUACCGGUAUAGCUCUUUGCGCUGUUGUCUCAUUCGCAAACUCUCAAACUCAGAAUAGCCGUCUUUCUGUAAGAUGCACGGGAGAGUUCACGGAGAAAAACAGGUCUCGUAUCCGCUUUAACUGCAUUCUUGGAGGCUGCAAUGAACACGACAGCGACAAGCCCAUGGAAAUCGUAUCUAGUCAUGUCUUUAUUGGCUACAUGAGUUGGUCUCGCAUAAACAAGUGUAAUGGAGAAACUGACAAUAGGAAUGAUUGUGUUGCUACGGAAGCUUCCGUUAAAGUCCAAGUGAUAGACGGGACAAGGCAGGUUACAAACUGCGAGGUGCUCAAGUGUGGCUUUAGUCUGAUCUAUGCAUCCACUGAAGCUGAUCAUGGCUUGUCACCGAAAAAAUCAUCUGGUGUAAUUUCCGCUACAAAUGACGUCAUCCAUGGUGAUACUGGAAGCAACACCCAAAGUGAAGAAAGUUAUGAUGCAGCUUCAUCAAGAAAGGACAGUGAGAUCAGCGAGGAAAGAGGGUCUGAAACUGACUAUGAUGCAGUGAAAUGGUUGUAUCUGCAGUGAAAUGGGACAGGAAGAGAGCUCAACCUCGAGGGUGAUACCAAUCUCAAACGUAAAUCAAUUAGUGUUGGUGAUUCG